AUGAUGGCCAUUCUUGACCAAGACAGCUCCGAUGGAAAAGUUCCACGGACUGCUCGUCUUCUAGGGAAAGGGUUCCGGACGAUUAAAUGGCAGAUACAUCGAUAUCUAUCUGAUAGCGGUAUUGGACAACAAAGGUGCCUUGCAAGACUGGUCUCGAGCAUGUAG